AUGGAGUCCUUGUUUUUUGAAGUUAAACUCCUUGUUGUACUCUUUUUGUCAGGGAUUUAUGUUAGAUCAUCUUUUGGUUUUAAAGAGUAUGCUUCAAUUCAAAGCCCUCAGUUUAAAGAGAGCCGGAGUUCCAAACAUCCUGUGCAGCAGCAGCACCACAAGGUGCCAACAGAGGAACGAGAGAAGGUGAACACGAUCAGUGUGACUUGCCAUCCAGACUCACUGGAGAUCCUUAUCAAAGCUGACAUGUUUGAGGUUGGAGCGCCUGUUAAUGUGGAUGAGUUGCGCCUUGGAGUAGAAUACAAUGAAAUCUGUAGAGCUACAGCGUCUUCAAGAGAUGAGUACAGAAUUGUUGUUGGACUACUGGACUGUGGCACUAAACACUGGAUGACGGAAGACUCUCUGGUGUACACGAAUCUGCUCAUCUUCUCUCCUGAGGUGUCUCCUGAAGGGGUGAUUCGAAUGGAUGAGGCAGUAAUUCCAAUUGAAUGUCAUUAUGAAAGGAGGUACAGUUUGACCAGUUCUUCACUAAUGCCAACCUGGACCCCGUUCCUGUCUACCCAAGCUGCAGUGGAAACCUUGGAGUUUGACUUGAGAAUCAUGACAACUGACUUUUUAUAUGAACGAGGCUCUAACGUAUUUUACCUUGGUGAGCCCAUCGGCAUUGAAGCCUCUGUCAGAGUUGGACAUCACAUGGGGCUCCGAGUGUUUAUGAGCAGCUGUGUGGCUACACUUGACCCAGACAUAUAUUCUGAGCCCAAAUAUACCUUCAUUGAAAAUGGGUGCUUGGUUGACUCCCAGCUUCCAGGUUCAAGAUCCCACUUCUUACCCAGGACACAGGAUGACAAGCUUCAGUUGGUCAUUGAUGCCUUUAGGUUCCACAAUGAGGACAGGGGAGAGCUCUACAUCACAUGUCACCUGAAUGCUAUACCAGUAAACUAUGCACAUGCACCAAAUCAAGCAUGCACUGUGGUAAAUGGAAGAUGGCGGUCAGCUGAUGGUAAUGACUUCUUGUGUGGAUCUUGUCAAAGCCAAAAUGAAGUGGGCCAAACGCACAGUAAACCCAGCAGCUCUGGCAAGUUUACUCCGCGUGGGUUUGGGAAGCCAAAGGAAGCUGAGACUUUCUGGAAGAGUGGACUGAAAUCCAACAAAGUGUGGGAGCAGGAGGCAAGAGUGGGUCCCAUGUUAGUCUUGCCUGCCAAGCACAAAAGUGGGCCUCUGCCUGUGGAUGAGAUCCCUCCAGUCCUCCAUAAAAUCAGCAGACCUACUUUGUAUGGCAGUCAGUGGAAAAGUGGGAUAACUCACAAAACUGAUCUGGAGAAAGGACUGCUUCCUGGUCCACCAUCUACCUCAGACCAGGUGGAGGACUUAACUGGUGCUUCUGAGCAGAAUAAAGAUGGCUCCCAUGUGGAUCUUAGUGAAAGCAGAACAAACCCAAAAGAUGGAGACUCCACUCCUGAGGUCACACUGGACACUACCACAGCAGCUCCCAGUGACCCCAGCCCCACCACUCAGAUUGAGGUGGCUGUGACGACACGGUCAAAUGCAACUACUGCAGAAUCUGACCUUUCCAAUACAAAUGACCCAACAAGAUAA